AAAUUUAAGGGAAACUUUCAUGUCGACUUAUUUCGUUCGCUUUUUUUAUCUAUAGAGGUUAUAUAAUUUUUCAAUCCUGAAUUUAUUAUUAGCUUGUUUUUAACCAAUAUGACUAAUAACUAAUUAUUCGAACGAUUACAAAUCGAACGAUGAACUUUAAAUUAGUCAGACUAUGUAAUUAUUCUGACUAAAUUUUGCAACAGAUUUUACCAAUCAACGUUUAACAGCCGAAAAGAAAAGAUGUCCAUUUUAAAGGGCUUUGACGUUUCGCUAGUAUUUAUCAUUUGCCUUAACGGUUUUUCAAAAAGUAGUUUAACCAACAUUGAUAUAUAUAAUCCAGAUAAAUACUUAGAUGUGCCCCAGAUGAUAGCUCGGCAUGGAUAUCUCUCUGAAACUCAUGUUGUUGUAACUAAAGAUGGAUACCUAUUGAAACUUCAUCGAAUUCCUGCAAAAACUAAUAACAAAAAAGAGGAAACUAUAUUUUUACAACAUGGGCUGCUUGGAAGCAGUGCAGACUGGUUAAUUAAUGGCAACAACUCUUUGGGAUUUUUAUUAGCUGAUCAGGGUUAUGAUGUUUGGUUAGGAAAUGCAAGGGGAAAUCUUUAUUCCAAAGGACACAUAAAUCUUUCCACAGAAAGCGAAAAGUUUUGGAAUUUUAGCUGGCACGAAAUGGGUACUAAAGAUUUGCCUGCUGUUUUUUCGUAUAUCAAUACGGUGACACAACGAAAAAACAUAACUUACAUUGGGCAUUCUAUGGGCACUACCAUGUUUUUUGCAUUGUCUUCUACUUCACCAAAUCUUGCUGAGAAUGUUACAUUAAUGGUUGCUUUGGCCCCAGUUGCAUACAUGACUCACAUAAAAUCUCCAAUAAAGUACUUGGCCCCAUUCGCUAAUGACAUUGAGUGGGUGGCAAGGUACUUUGGUCUAAAUCAGUUUCUGCCCAAUGACAAAAUAAUGAAGUUUUUAGCUUAUGACUGCGAACUCUUAAAAAUUGAAAAGCAAGUUUGUGAAAAUAUAAUUUUUAUAAUCAGUGGUUUUGAUAAGAAAGAACUUAAUCAGGAUAUUUUGCCUGUAAUAUUUGCUAAGGAACCAGCUGGAACUUCAACCAAAACUGUCAUUCAUUAUGCCCAGGAAAUAAAUAAUGGCUGCUUUCAACAAUAUGAUUAUGGAAGCAAAAAGAACUUAAUAUACUACGGAACCAAAACGCCUCCACAAUACAAUUUAACAAAUAUUAAACAAAAUAUUUUUCUCAUGUAUGGCCAAAAUGACUGGCUAGCCAAUUAUAUAGAUGUUAGAAAUUUAGCGGCAAACCUAAAAAAUCUAAGGAGCCUCUAUAAAAUUCCAAUGGAAGGGUUCAACCAUAUCGACUUUUUGUUUGGCAAGGAUGCUGAAAAGUUAGUGUACAAACCUAUUCUCCGGUUAAUUGAAAAGUCGUCCAAAAUGUAAAUGUAAAUAAAUUAAAUAAAAAAAAUUUAUAAUGCAUUUUGCAGCCUUUAAUAUUUAGAAUUUGAAAAUUACAAAAAUGUAAUAUUUUGCUAACACAUUUUCAUUUUACAUUUAUAUCCUGUAUUAAUAUAUCAAACGAGUGAGGGAAAUAUCAGUUACAUCAAAAAUAAAUUCACGUUCCGCUCAAUAUCAGAUAUGAAAAAAUAAAUUAUUAUGAGAAGUAAUUUUUGGCAAGGUAAAUUUAUCCAAAAAAAUUGAAUACAGCAAACGUUCCAUACUCAUCUUACCACCU